AUGUUUUCAUUGUCAUCAUCCGCGGAUGUUCGCAGCUCGUGUUGUAAUUCUCGAGACGCCAUACCCAAACCAGCAUUAGUAGCCGAUGCAUCCACACAUCUCGGCUCGACGGUACUUGACCCCACCAAGGUAUCGUCCCACCGCCAGAUUGCCCACGUUUUGAACCCACCUCAUCUGGGGUAUCAGCUACAAUGCGAUGCACUGCCAAAUAUAUACAUUCAAAUUUUGAGAUUCGUCAACAACACCUGCCCGCUUAGCACAGUGGUACUGCGUCGCACUCGUAACGCAGCAUAUGUUCGAUAUGCGAAGAUCCACGGUUCGAUUCCGUGA